AUGGUGCUCACUCGUGCCAUCUCUUCGAGCUCUACGCUCCGUCGUGCGCCCCGGAGGCGACGUCUCCUAGGACCUCAGCGGUUCAUCACCACCGGAAAUGCUACCGAGCCAUUCAAGAUACUCUACAUGGGCCGAGACGAGUUCUCCUGCUCUGUCUUCAAACACUUGCACGAUGCGAAAGACGUCUGGCAAGAGCUGCAUAUCGCCACCCACCCAGACGAGCAUGUGGGCAGGCGCGGCUCGCAGCUGUCUGUCUCCCCGCUGAAGACGCUAGGCCAGUCUCUGGACGUGCCUAUUUACGAGAUCCCGCACGCGAAGCCGGAGUUCAAGACUUGGGAUGUGAAUGCACCCACUUCUCAAGCCGCACCCUCUUCUCAUAUGCUACUCACCGCUUCUUUCGGACGCAUCAUCCCUCAACGAAUGCUCGCCGCCUUCCCGCCACAUAAUCGCCUGAACGUGCAUCCUUCGCCGUUGCCUGCGUAUCGCGGGCCUGCGCCGAUUCAGCAUAUGCUGAUGGCGGGAGAGAGGGAGACGGCGGUUUGCGUGAUUGAGAUGUUGCGCAAGGUGGAUGCGGGGGCGGUGUGGGGGAGGGAGGAGUUGGCAAUACCCCCGGAUGCAGAUUUCGCGACGAUGCGAGACUUGCUCGGCGACGUAGGGGGGCGUCUUCUGGUGCGAGUAUUGCGCGAGAAGAUGCGGGGUACGGCGUCAUCCAUCGCGCAGGCGGAGGACGUAAGCGCGCCGCGCGCGCCCCUUAUCCAGGCGGCGGACGCGAUGCUGGACUUUGCGCGCAUGUCCGCAGAGGACAUUGUCCGCCUGCAACGUGCGAUCGGGCACCAGGUUCGUCAUCGGCGCGCGCGCGACGACGUGGCUGACGAGGUUAUCAGCCUGCACGGGCUCUCGGUGGAGGCGGAGGCGCCGGCGUUCCUGACGCGCGAGGCGGGGGGCGCGAUGCUGCACAAGCCGGGGCGGCGGAUACUGGUGCGGUGCGCGGGCGGAUCGGUGCUGGGCGCGCGGGAGGCGAAGAUGCAGGACAAGGCGCAGGUGGGCGCGGUGGACUGGUGGAAUGGAGCGCAGAGCCUGGGCAUGGUUGCGGACAGAUGUGUGCGCCUGAGCCGGCCCAGGACGGUGUAG